GAGGCCUUCUUUCAUUUUAAACUUUUAAUCUGAAAAUCCCUGACUUGGAGGAAACCGGAAGUCUCGUUGCUUCACUGUGCUCUCGAGCUGGCGGCGGGAUAGUUGUGUAGUUUAUUAGUGAGUUUUAAACAUAGACAGUAUAAGAACGGUUUGAAGAAGACAGAGCUCCAGAAUCCAGAGUGAGUCCAGCAGCCCCAGUGGACAUCUGCUGGAUUUCAGGACAAGGGAGGAAUGGAGGAGGACAACCAGAACCUGGAGCAGCGGAGCAACAAGGUCCCCAGAAGACAAGCAGCAGACUGGGACUCUGAUACCAGCCAUGUUCAGGAGCCCUCAGCAGACGUCAAGCUGGCGACCGGAGCAGGAAAGAAGGGCAAGAAGGCCGAGGAGGAGGAGCAGCCUGCAGCACCUCCUGCAGCUGCAGCAGUGAAGGAGGAAGAGGAGGAGUAUGUGGUAGAGAAGGUUUUGGACUGCAGAGUGGUGAAGGGAAGAGUAGAGUUUCUGCUGAAAUGGAAGGGGUUCUCAGAUGAGGAUAACACAUGGGAGCCUCAAGACAACCUGGACCUCGACCUUAUCACCGAGUACAUGCAGAAACACAAGGAGAAGGAGGAGAAGAAGAAGGAGGGCAAGAGGAACGUUGUUAGUGAGGAGGAGAAACGGAGAGGAGGAGAGGGACCCAAACGUCAACACUGUGACAAAUCCUUCACAACAUCUGGAUAUUUAAAGAUUCAUCAGAGAGUUCACACUGGAGACAAUCUACACAGCUGUGAUCAAUGUGGGGCAGCUUUCACACGACAGAGUCACCUAAAAAUCCAUCAGCGCAUUCACACUGGAGAGAAGCCUUACAGCUGUGAUCUAUGUGGUACAACAUUUUCUCAGAGUGGUCACCUUAAAUCUCACCAGCGUGUUCACACUGGAGAGAAGCCUUACAGCUGUGAUCUAUGUGGUACAACAUUUUCUAUGAGUGGUAACCUUAAAUCUCACCAGCGUGUUCACACUGGAGAGAAACCUUACGGCUGUGAUCUAUGUGGUAAAACCUUUUCUCAGCGUAGUGACCUUAAAUCUCACCAGCGUGUUCACACUGGAGAGAAACCGUACUGGUGUGAACAAUGUGGUAAAACUUUUUCUCAUAGUAGUCACCUUAAAUCUCACCAGCGCGUUCACACUGGAGAGAAGCCGUACUGGUGUGAACAAUGUGGUAAAACUUUUUCUCAUAGUAGUAACCUUAAAUCUCACCAGCGCGUUCACACUGCCUCGUUGUGAACAUGUUUCAGAGCCAAUCUUCUGAACAGCAUGUAUGUUAUCCUGGCUACGACUACACAUUACACUCCCUCCCUUUGAAGGGAUUUAUUCAACUCAAAAUUAGUUUGUUUGAGUUCAGGGUUCAACUGCUAGUGCUUUUUAACUAAUGCUGCUACAAAGAAGUAUUUGUUGUUGUUAAUUAAUCACCUGGUAAAUACAAUUUGCACAAAUUCUAAUCACUGUUUACUAAGGUGAUGUCAAGUUGCUGAAAUAUUCAGUGUAUUGUCACUUAAGACAAAGAAAAGAAGCAAACCUUCAUAACUGACCAUCUUUAAUCAGAACAUGGCUGCUGCUGCUGCUUAAAAAAUGACUUGAACAGUUAAUGUGUUUAAACUGCGUCUGUGCCGCCGCCAUCUUGGGACAGACAACUGAUCUUAAAGACUCAGAAAAAGAUAGUUGUACUGCUUUUGGAUGUUCAUGUG